AUGGGUCUAUCUACUGCACGCAAGCUACUCGUUGUUCUCCUGGUUACUGUGUUCGUCUUCUCCGGGAGUGCUGACGCCUGGAGCUGGAGUUGGGGUUCUGGUUCCAACGGGGGUUGGGGAUGGAGCUCCGACAACUCUGGCGGUUCUUCUGGCUCGGCUUCUGGUGGUUCAGAAGACUCUAACUCGGGUGGUUCAAGCUGGGGUUACGGAUGGAGCUCAGACGGAACAGAUAUUGACUGGGGUUGGGGAAGCAGCUCUGGCUCAAACCAUUCUAGCGGUACUGGCUCUACACGCAAAAGUCACAGCCCUGGCCAAAAUCACUCAAGCGGCACUAGCCCUACGCACAACAACCAUAGUUCGGGAUCAAACCACUCAAGAACGUUGGUUCUACACACAACAACCACAGCUCCGGCUCAUCAAACCACUCGAGCAUUGUCGGUUCUACCCACAACGGUCACAGCUCCGGGUCAAACCACUCAAGCAUCGUUGGUUCUACACACAACAAUCAUAGCUCGGGCUCAAACCACUCAAGCAUCACCGGUUCUACACACAACCACACGGUUCCAAUAA